AUGGCUGUCAGGCCUGUCAAGCCCCCAGCGACCCCCUCGUCAAGCUCAGCGCUGCGAGCCCGCCCCCAUGCCACCCAUGCCGCCUCUCGCUCGACGCGUCUGCCUCCUCCCCCUCCCUGUGUGCCCAGUGCUCAUCGCCGACAGCCCUACGUCCCUUGGCCGCUCGAGCCUGACGGAACUUCACGCGGCCCUGGGCACGAGUCUGUGUGCUGUCUCCAUCUCGGUCCCUGCGUGCGGCGUGCGUAUGCCUCUCUCUCUCCCCCCGAGGGCCCUGUCCGCUUCGAGCCUUCACAGCACCACCACGGCGUUGCUCGUCCGGCUUGCCUUUGCGGGGCCACGCUCGACGACCGCCUCUCUCUGUCUGCCAGCCCGCGCCAGCCGUUGCCUCCACCUCCGCUAUGCUGCAUGCAGUGCUGCAACUGGGGGCCGCAAGCCAGAGCAGACACGCAUCCAUCCACUGUGCCUCGCGCCGUCGUGGGUGCAGCGCCCACUGGGCAGAGCUGGCACGCCCCACUUGCUCGUCUUCAGCCCCCCACCUGCCAUUGGCUGCUCCACCACCAGCUCUGCGCUGCCUACGUAGGACAUUGUGCAUGCGCAAUCUCCAGACACUGCGACGACUCACCGCGACUCGCCCGUCCCAAAAUGACGCUGCCGACAUGGUGCAUAGCUCCCUCUGCCUGCCACGGCUGCGACGGUGACUGCACUCUCUGGGCCUGCGUUGCGUUGCGGUGCGGUGCCGUCGUGGACAAUAGAAUAGGGAAGGAAGCCUACUCCAUACUACUUGCUGUGUACGACCAUAUCCUCUAUCGAGCCUAG